AAAACCAGUGUAAAUACGCCUCUAGUUUAACACUUUCAGCGUUCCAAACUCCAAUCAAACACAUAACUCUGCUAAAUCCAUGGGCCAAUAAGCCACAAUUUUCAACCAAUCUCACCCACCUAUCUCUAUAAAUACUCAUUCCCCUUCACAUCUUACCAAAUACUAACACUUGCUCAAAAUAACAAGAAAUUAACAACAUGGAGGCAGUUCAAACAUGGGUUUCAAACAACAAGCUUGCCAGCAUUGGAGCACUAUGGGCCUCUGGAAUUGGAGCAACACUUGUAGCUUAUUCGCGAGCUAAAUCUCCGAUGAAGCUGAGUUUAAGGCUCAUCCAUGCUAGGAUGCACGCACAGGCGCUAACUCUAGCAGUGCUUUCGGGUGCAGCUGCGUAUCACUAUUAUGAAAAUCGUGAUGUUCAUCUAAAACCAGUGGCAGAUGAUAGUUCUGCUCCAAAUGUCAGCCAUCUAGUUGAAUGGGAGCUCCAAAGUCCAUUUUAAGAUUGCAAGAAAUUUCAAUCUAUGAUUAUCAUGUUAUGAACAUUGUUAUGUUAUUUUGAUCAUUAUGUUUUUUUAUGUAUGAUUAGACUCUAGAACUCUCAUUAUCAAAUGCAUGUUCAGGGGAAAGACUUUCGAAUUUUCUAACUUACUAUCUAUCUAUAUAUAAAAGUUCUGUAAGUUUUAGUUUU